UCCCUGAGAGCCAGAGACCACCCCAGCUGUGGUGCCCCAUUGUCCCACCAGGCCUGCCAUCCUAAGGCCAUGGUGGGAUGGAGAGGAGGAGAGGAGGUAGUCUGGCAGAAGGAGCUGCAGCCAUGACAGAGCUUUUCCCUGGCUUCCUCCUUGCACUGUCUCCAGAUCUUGUGUACUUCCACAAGGAUGAAAUCACUAAAGUUUGGGACUGUGUGUCUGAGUGCUGUCACCAAGACCUGCUGCUGAAGAAGACAGUCGGGCUGAUGGGCCUGGGUACCAUUCACAUUAUGAAAAGACCCAUCUGGCAUGGAGAGGGGGAAGGUUUCAUGGCAGACAGUCUGGAGUUUAAUCUGAACAAGCCAUUUACGGUGGGAAAGAAGCGUGUCCGUGGGAAAAGCCCCAUGCCUGGGCUCUCCAAAGCAGACGAGCUGGUCUGUGCUGAGGUGGCCUUGCGCCUGCACAAGCCCAAGGCCACCAUCGUGAUGUGCAUCGAGGCCACACUAAAGAUCUGUGAGUGGGCCUUGUCCAGUGGCCAGAACUUGGACUUUGUGUUCAAGGACAUUGGCAUCCUGGUCUGCCGAGGAAACCACGUGGUCAUGAGGUUCUUUGAAGACUUGGUCCGAAAGGUGGCUCAGUCACAGUACCUGGCAGAGGGUUUGCUCCAGUCACCCAAUCUGAAGCCAUUAUUCAUGGCGUACACGGAAAAGGACAUUUCCCAGAUUCCACAUGAAGGUGUCUUAGUGCUGCCACACUUUGUGAAAGCAGAUGGGAAGUCCCAGCCACAUCCUAUAAGUGCUUCCCUACACGGCAGUGGAACCAGAAGCAAGACCAACACCAAGUGCCAAAAAACUCCGGGGAACAUUCCCAGCCAACGCCUCCUUCUUCGUCCGCGUCUUUCUCCAAGUCGGAUAUGUGAUGUGAAAGUGAUGGGAAGAGAAAAGAAAAAGGCUGAGGGUGGAGUGCAGAGAGGGAGUUUGCUGCCUCCAAUUGAGAACUCUGUGAAGAAGGGCACAGCCACCAAGGGCAUGGAAGCACCCCAAGCUGGGCUGGCAGCUCCCACCAGGCAGGGAAAACAUGUCCAGCUUCCACCCCUGGAAGGGCACAGGAGUCUGGGGAAGGCUGCUGCCUUCUGUCCUGGAGGAUUUGAAAAGCUAAGGAAGGAGAGAGUGGCUGGUGUGGCAGGAGUGGCUGCUGCUUUGUCCCCAGAGAGAAAGGAGAAGACACUGUCCCCUUGUAGAGGAAGACCACAGCCAAGGACCCCACGAGCAAAACAGGUCCUGCUAAAUCUGCAGCCAUACAAAGUUGCCCGGGAGCAGUGCACGAAGGCCUUGCAGAUCAAUAGGUUACGGAAAUGGUCCGACGGCAAUUCCUUCACCGCAGGUGACAGGUCCUCAGCCGGGAUGAGGCAGGUAGGAGCAUGGCUCCUGGAUCUACCUUGAGCUUGGUGAAGCCACUGGAGAUCCAUGAAGAGACAAGAGCAGAACUGGAACAUGAGGACAGCGACAUGGCACCAUGAAAAAAGGAAUAA